CCCUCACAUGUCGAGGGUUUUCUGAUGGAAGUAUAGAUGUAUUGCCUGCAUGUGUUGUGAUGAGGGCUGCUUCAUUUCCGCAAGUGACUUGGGAAAAAAAAAUUUAUGCUCUGCCUGUGCCGAAGGGUUUGAAGUAUGUACCCGAGGAUUUCUACUUUGACGUUCGCCCGGAGGCUAUGUGCGUUGAUUGUAAAUUUUUGCAUGAGGAAAUUUUGUUUUGUGUGAUUCCCGAGGGGUGUAUACCAGUCCCCCACUCCUUUUGCCGAAAGGUACUUGAGGGAAAAGGAGUAGUUGCGUUCGUGUGAUAUAUGAUCGAGGAUGCAACAUUGACAAGCCGAAAGCUUAUGCUGCUAGAUGCUCGAGGGCACCUGGUGAGUGUUGUUCACCGGAGGUUCCAAGUAUACCAUGAUGGGUGGCAUAAUGGAUAAGCGAAGGCUUAUAUUGCUGCUUCCCCGAAGAUGCAUGGUGAAGGGGGUCCACCGAAGGCUGUAGUAGGUGAUAGCCGGAGGCCACUAUAUGAGACUGCCUCGAUGGUUCCCAAAAUAGAGCCGUUGGAAAGGAGCCGUUGGAGGGGCGAUCCACGUGGCGUGUCCGUGUUGGCUGAAGGGGGGGGGGGGGUGCCAUCCAUUGGUUGAACCGGCGGCCCGUAAUGAUGGGCUUUCGAAUCGAGGCCCAUAUAUCGAGGCCCAGUUGCCUAUAAAUACCCCUUGCUCAAGCCAUUCUCCUUUGUGCGUUUCAGAAUCAUAGCGGAGCUCUGCCGAAAUUUCUAGAGAGAGAAAGUAACCCCUUCGUCCACACUUCAUUUCCGAGGUUAGUUUUCCCACUUGUCAGAGUACUUCGUAUAUUUUCCUUCCUUCUCCUUUCGUUCAGUGUGAGUUUUUUAGGGAGCCCUCAAUCCUCUUCUCUUCCCCUACUCCCAUCUUUUCUACGCGGAAGGAUGUCGUCGGCAAGCGAUUCUCAGAAUAUGUCGGAGGAGGCUCCUGUGCAGUCAGAGAGCUAUUCUGAGGUGGAGUCUUCGAGCGUGCAAUUGUCUGCCGGUAACGAUUCCGUGGUGGUGGAGGAAGUACAAAGCACCCUUCGGGCCGAGUUGGAGGCCGAAGACUUCGAACAGGUAAACGAAGACGAGGAGCUGGCCCUCGCCCUUCAAGUUGCGGAGGAGGAGGAGGAAAGGGAAAGGUUGAAGGUAACCGUGGCUGUUUUGCCGGCCCGUAAUGAUGCCGAGGCCAGUUGUUCCAAGCCCUUAGAACCGGAACCUCUCAGCGUGGCUCCGGGUAAGAGAAAGAAGAAGCUGAGGGCGGCUCCAAAGAAGAAAAAGGCGGCUGCAGACGCUGGGCAGCCUGUUGGCAUCCCUGAAGGCCAUUCUUACCUUAACACAGCUGCCCUCGACGUAAAGACGAAGGCCGGGGAGGCUGAGUACCUCAAAACCCAGCUUCUAAUCGGGCCGUCGGCGCAAGUAGUGGACCCGGGACCUAAUGAUGUGUUGCUGCGUCCGCCUGAAGGUUGCUUCGUGGUUCAUAUCCUCUCAGUGGAAUUAGGGUUGCGUUUUCCGCUCCACCCUUUCGUCCUGGAAUAUCUCCGGUACGUGAAGCUCGCUCCCCGCCAAUUGACACCAAAUAACCACUCCUAUCUGGCCGGCUUCCUCGCAUUGUGCCGUAGCCGAGGGGUGGAUCCAUCCUUGGAUCAGUUCUUCUUAUCCUUCAACCUCUGUCGGGGGGGUCAUUCGCAUGUUGGGGGCUUUGCGAACCUGCAGCAAGUUCGCGAAUGGAGGCUUUUCUCUGAGGUCCCAUACUCCCAUCCUCUCAUAAAAACUGGAAAGAUCGCUUCUGCUUCGUUCGUAUGGCUGAGAAUCCCUUCUCCAUUCCCCUUCGUGAUUACUUCCGAAGGCACCCAAAAGUCGGGAGUUAUGCUCUGGAGAAAACCGGCAAAAAGUUGAUUGCCAAGCCCGAGGGCUCUGAGAAGGUUAUAACAAUAAAAGCCGCCACCCUCCCGGAAGAGCUAUACCUUCUCGAUUUCCGGCGAUACCGCUUGGGGGGGCGAGAGUGACGAGAAAUACCCCUUGAUCGAUCGGGGUUAUUUAACUGCUGGAGGUAAAGCCAUGGAUGUCAAGGCCUAUGCCGCACUGAAAAAGAAGGCGUCGAAGGCGCCGAAGGAGAACGAAGGCUCGUCCCAGCAGAAGCCGGUGGACGAGUUUUUCAAGAAGUCUGAGACUUCGAAGGUCCAAGGGGGCGAGGAGCCUUCGAAGGUUGCUGGUGCUGUCCUGCCCGGCAUUGAUGCCGGAGGCUCCCAAGCGGAGGAGCUCAAGAGGAAGCGAGCCGAGAAAGGUGCAGUGAUUCCGGAGAAGAAGCAGAGGAAGUAGGAAGCUGCCCCCGGGAAGGAUGCCCCCCUGGUGGUUGUGGAGGACCAGCCUUCUUCUCCCGAGCCCCAGAUCGGGUGGGUGACCACUCCGCGCUCCCCCGCGGACCCAGAGACAACGUGGCCCCGGGAGGAAGUCCACUUACCUGCGUGACUUCCGAUUUCAACGAAGCAUUCCCAAAUGCCAACUUCAAUGGUGGGACCACAUAUUUUGAAAAACACUUAUUAUUUUUAAAUGGAUAUAACUUUUUUAUUUUUGCUCCAAUUUGUAUAAAUAAUGAAUCAAAAUUCAUAAUUUUUUGUUGUUUUUCAUUUGACACCAAUAUUGCAUAUAUAAUUUUUUUAAUAAAAAGUACAAAACAUGUUGCGUCUA